AUGGGCUACCUCACGCUCGGCACGUGGCGCGUGGCCGCGAGCGCGUCCUACCUCUGGGACAACCUCUGCGCCGGCUGCGUGCUGUCGACGAACAUCUUCUUCAACAUCGCACUACUAAAACUCGCGACGAUCGCCGCGGGCUGCCGGCCCGAGGGCAACGACGACGACGGCGCGUGCACGAAGCACGUCUACGGCCUGAAGCCGAGCUCGCUCGUGACGACGGUCGUCAUGGUCGGCCAGCUGUCCGCCGCGUUCCUCAUGCCCUUCGUCGGCGCCGCCGUGGACUACACGGACUCGCGGCGCCUCUUCGGGUCCGCGUCCGCGUGGAUUUUGGCGGUGACGACGCUGCUCCAGGCCGUGAUCUCGCGGCGGACGUGGCAGCUCGUGGCCUGCCUGCAGGUCGUGUCCAUCGCGUCCUACGUCUGCCACCAGGUCGCCGUGCUGAGCUACCUGCCGGGGCUCUCCGUCGUCGACGGCGCGGAGGACGAGCACGAGCGCUACCGGGUCAACUCGAUGGCGAACGUCGCCGCGCUCGGGUCCCAGAUGGGCACGCUCGGCGUCGUCAUGGCGCUGGCGCACGGGUUGGGGCUCGGGGACGUGAACACGGCGGCCCUGGGCCAGUUCGCCGUCGGCGUCGUGCUCUUCGCCGUCUACGCGGCCAUCUGGCAGAAGCGCGCGUCCUUCGCGUUCCCGGACGCCAAGGCCACCAAGGCCCUGCCCGCGGGCGCGUCCCUCGCGGCCGUGGCCGUGCGCGAGGUCUUCAGCGCCUGGCAGACCAUCCAGAAGCGGUCGCCCGCGGCGGGCCGGUUCCUCCUGGGCUACGCGCUCGUGAACGGCGGCAUGACGGGCUUCGGGUCGCUCGCCGUCGUCUUCAUGAACGACCACCUCAAGAUGGAGAGCGCGGACACGGUCGCCGUCGUCGGGCUGACCAUCGUCUUCGCCAUCCCCGCGGCGGCGCUCGCCGUGCGGCUCAUGGACCGCCUCGGCGCGCGGCGGACGUUCGUCGCGUCCAUCGCCUACAUGACGGCCGUGACCGUCGCGGCGCCCGUCGUGCUGUGCGGGCCGUCGUGCCGGAGCCUCGUCUUCCUCUUCGCCUUCUUCUGGGGCCUGGGCUUCGGCGUCUUCUACGCGUCGAACACGUCCUUCUUCACGGAGCUCGUGCCGGGCGACGCCAUAUCGCAGUUCAUGAGCCUCUACUACUUCUCCGCGCAGGUCCUGUCCUGGGCGCCGCCGGCGGUCUACACGCUGCUCAACCAGCUCACGUCCGAGACGCAUCUCUCCCUCUUCGUCCUCGCGGCCUUCUUCGCGGCGUCGCUCCCCGUGUUCCGGGGCAUCCCGCCGCCGGACGCGGCGCCCAAGGCGCCGCGGACGCCGAGCGACGAGCCCAUGGUCGACGCGCCGCGCCGCGAGGCGCGGGAGAACGACCUCGUCGCCGGCAUCGAGAGCCAGGACGUCCUCUAG